UGUUACGAUAAAGACUCAUUAGAGCGGGAUGUGUGUGUGUCAGGAGGCGGAUGUGUGAGUGUUUACAGGUGAUUAAAGCUGAUUAACGCUCAGAGAAGUGAAUCCGUUUCAGAGACCGGUGACGACACCGAACAGAUGAAGAGUAAACCUGAGUCUGUGAACGCGGAAAUCCAACACAAUCGUUCUUCCAAUAAACAGACUUUAUCAACAGAGGUGUGUUCAUGUGACUGACAGGUGUCUCAGCCAAUCACAAACAGCCGAGAGGGGACCUCAGGAUCAAGACAGGUCAUUUCUACUGUGUCCAACAGAACACAGGUGAGCAACAGGUGACAAUUGCACGAAAAACUUCUGGAACCACCUGGUGGUCAACAUUAUUGAUCUGCACCUCUUAAGUCACAAGAGCUUUAGCUCAAACAGUCCCACAGUGAUGAUGUGUUUCUGUAGUCAAACCUGAAGUUAGCAUCAGCCUGGUUCCUCCACAGAAAGACAAUGGGAUUAUUUCAUAGAAAAUAAACUGAGCAGCUAAAGUUUCUGAUCCUUCCAGGUUUAGUUGAUCAGAUCAUCUUCACAGAUGAACACCACUGUUCUGAUGUUUGAAGUAAGAAGCUAAUGUUAGGCUAUAAACCAACUACACCACGGUCACAUGACGUCAACGUCUCCACCACUAAGCUUCCAACUGGUCAUUUCAUUUAGCUCUGAGCUCUUCUACAAAAGCCUUUCUUCUUAGAAAGUUAGUGAGAGUUUGAAAGAGCGUGAGUAGAAACACAACGAGGCUGUAAAGGUGGACUGGUGAGUAGAUGGGUUUUCAUGUUAACGUCCCCGACAACCUCUGUAGUCUCAUUUAGACACUCGUUAGCAACCGCCUUUUUUAAGACACGGAAAAGCUUCAAACAUCAGGAGUGGGGGAUUUACUGACCCAUUUUAUGUCGGAGAAUAAAACCUGAAAAUGUCUUGAGCUUGUGUUAAAACCACAGACCUUAUUUCAGACAUUUAACCAGAAACACACUGACAACAGGAAGAGCUAACAUGCUAACAUGCUAACUGACUUCCUGGUUUUAGACUCAGUCCUGCAGCUCUGAGAGAGCUAAGAUGGUCGACACAGGAGAGCAGGGAGAGCCCCAUGUGACCCGGGUCGGCCUCUCUAAAGCUGCCUGUAGCUGCUGGGCUAACUGCAGGAUCACAGCCUGGGUGUAGCCUGGAUCUACUAACCUGGAUCAGGUUCACAAGGUGGAUUUUCUUUGUCUGAAGUUCUACUUGUUUAGGGUCGUCAUCCUGCUGAUCUUCAGACGCUCUGACAUCAUCCUGGAAGAUAAACUGAGAAACAUGAUUUUCCUUCUGGAGUCUGGUCUGUGAUAACAAACCUCCUGCUCUACGCCUGCUGUCCAGUCUUACUGCCACUAAACCCCAACCUCCACCCUGCUUCACCUCUGUGAUGAUGUUUUCAUGUUGGUGUGCAGAGCCCUUUUACACCAGACAUGUAGCUUCAUCAGUUCUCUGCAGUGUUGUGGAGAAUCCCACAUCAAGCCCAACAGGUCCCAAGUCAAGACCAGGAACAGAGAUGCUAACCAGGCUACUUAACCCCCCCCGACCACACACACACACACACACACACACACACACACACACACACACACACACACAUAUAUUAUCUAUGAAAUGAACUGAAAACCUGCAGCUGCCUGGAAAAGGAAAGAAGUCUGAACCAGCUGAUGGAUGAUCAGGAAAACAACCAGUGAUGACAUGAAGACGGCAGCUCAGAUAUAUAGUCGCUCCGUCAGCAGCUGAAAGAAGAAGAAGAGCUUCAGUCGUCCAGACAUGGCGUGGCUCCAUCAGGGUCGAGGUUCACCCAGACUCGUCCUGGUGGUGGUGUGUGUCGCUCUGCUGCUCGACAACAUGCUGCUCACUGUGGUCGUCCCGAUCAUCCCCACGUUCCUGUACGCCAUGGAGCAUCCCAGUCCAGAGCCUCAGACCGCCCAGCCCUCCCUGCUCCCUCUGCCCAGCCAUGGUGCAUCAGGCCUGGGCAUGGUUCCCUCACAGUCCCCCUCCACGGACCUGCAGACCUCCAGUCAGACCUCCCAGCCCUCACAGCUCCCACAGCCCGACCCCGGUGCACCAGUCCUGGGUACACAGUCGUCUCCACCCGCCCUCCCUCCUCUGGUGUCUCUGUUUGACAACUCGACCUUCAGUCUGCAGGAGAUCCGGACCGAGCCGACCCCCGAGCCCGAGACCACAGACCAGACCGACCUGACCACAGACCUGCAGGUCAACGAGACCACGGACUCCUCCUGUCUUCAGGACAGUGUUUUUCUGGAGGAGGAAAAUGUUCGAGUUGGUUUGUUGUUUGCCUCUAAAGCUCUCGUCCAGCUGUUGGUCAACCCGUUCGUCGGUCCGCUCACCAACAGGAUCGGGUAUCACAUCCCCAUGUUCGCAGGAUUCAUCAUCAUGUUUGUGUCGACCAUCAUGUUUGCGUUUUCAGGAACCUACGCUCUGCUGUUCUUCGCUCGCUCUCUGCAGGGAAUCGGCUCGUCCUUCUCCUCUGUGGCAGGUCUGGGUAUGUUGGCGAGUGUGUACACAGACGACGAGGAGAGAGGCAUCGCCAUGGGCAUCGCACUGGGAGGACUGGCUAUGGGAGUCCUGAUCGGAGCUCCGUUCGGCAGUGUGAUGUACGACUUUGUGGGGAAGAGCGCCCCCUUCCUGAUCCUGGCCUUCUUGGCUGUGUUUGAUGGAGCGUUGCAGCUUUGCAUCCUGCAGCCAUCAAAGAUCUCUCCUGGGAGUGUGGAGGGGACUCCAUUACUGACCCUGUUAAAAGAUCCAUACAUCCUCAUCAGUGCAGGCUCUUUGUGUUUCGCUAACAUGGGCGUUGCCAUUCUGGAGCCAACGCUGCCAAUCUGGAUGAUGCAGACUAUGUGUUCCCCUAAAUGGCAACUUGGUAUGGCCUUCCUUCCUGCCAGUGUCUCCUACCUGAUAGGAACAAACCUGUUUGGGAUCCUGGCCAAUAAGAUGGGACGGUGGCUCUGCUCCAUGUUAGGGAUGUUUAUAGUCGGCAUCAGUUUGCUGUGUGUUCCUUUUGCGACGAGUAUCUACGGUCUGAUUGGACCAAACGGAGGUCUGGGCUUCGCUAUAGGUAUGGUGGACUCCUCCAUGAUGGCCAUCAUGGGUUACCUGGUCGACAUCCGUCAUGCCUCCGUUUACGGCAGCGUCUACGCCAUUGCUGAUGUGGCGCUGUGUAUGGGCUUUGCAAUCGGACCAUCCACAGGAGGCGCUCUGGUCCAGGCGGUGGGUUUUCCUUGUCUCAUGGUGUUUAUCGGGGUGAUCAACAUCCUGUACGCGCCACUGUGCUUCCUUUUACGUAACCCUGCAGUCCGAGAGGAGAAAAUGGCGAUCAUCGACCAGGAGUGUGUGAUGCACAGGAAAAGCUACAACACACAGAAGGAGAGUCGCGAGUUUCCUCUGAGCGACUACAGCGAAGAGGAAGAGACAGAGGAGUGACACACACACACACACACACACACACACACACACACCUGUCCAUGUUGUUGAUGUCUCUCCACGUUUCACCUUCAUCACCAUCAGACUUCCUGUCAUCACAGUCAGAACAGAGCAGAUAGUGGACGUUUCUUAAAGGGACAGUGUCAAUGUUAAAACCUCUUACAUGUCUUUAAUUUCUACAUUCAACAGAGUUGUGAAGUGGGAGGAACUAAAUCAGUAACAACUGAGGUUCAAAACAUCUGGUUCUAUGAUUAAAAGUCAAAGGUAGAAGCACAGAUGUGUUACUUAGCGAACCUACAGGUUCCUCUGAGCUUCACCUGCCAAAUGUCACUGAAAGAGACGCAAAAAAACCCACAACGGCCUCAAAGAGAGAGAACUACGAAGAGACAUAAAACAACUACAAGGAGACUGAAAGAACCACAGCUACAAAGACACUUAAAACAACUACAAACAGAUGCAAAAUAAUAAUGAGGAAUUACAAACAACCACAAAGAGGCAUAAAUCAACUACAAAGAGACAUAAAACAACUACAAGGAGACUGAAAGAACGACAGAAAUAUAAAACAGUUACAAACAGAUGUGAUGAGACUCAACUCACAAACAACAAUAAAAGAAAGCAUUUCCAAAGACACAAAAACAACUACAAACAGUUUUGCGUCUCUUUCAGUGUUGGGUUAGGGUUUUUGUCCAGGGGCCCAACACACUCAUAAUCCACCAAAGGUUUCAAGGUUGAGACGUUCAUUUUAAAUCCUUCAUUCAGAAACUAUGGCACCAUGUGUUAUUGUCAGCUUUAACAACAAAUUGUUUUGACGUUGAUUCACAUGUCUUACUGGCCUUUUAUCCAUAGCCACAGCAGCUGAGGCUCAUGGGUAUUGUAGUAUUAAGAGUGACAAACAAAACAUGAUUUCUCAGAGACAAAGUUGAAAUAAUUGAAACUGAUGGUUGUGACAUAAACCUGUGGGAUUGUUACACCAUCCAGGAGAGUAAGAAAACUGCAGGUAUUAUUGGCACCUGUGCAGCUUCUCCCACUUCCCAACUCUGUGAACUCUGCUCUGUCUUUACGAUAAAAUACCACAUUUUACAAAACCAGGCCCUGUGUCCAAAAUCACUCACUUACUGCUCGUUAUUUAACAGGAACUCAGAGUCCGACACUAAUCAAAAUCAGAGUUAUUGUGGGAUUGUUAGCAGGAAGUAGUGUACAUGUUACUGACAACAGACACUCAAAUAAAAUGGUGGACAGUAAACGCACCAAAGAGUAAAUAGGGGGUGGUUCUGGACUCUGCCUGGUUUGUAAUGAAUGAUAGAUUCAUGGAGGCUGUGUUAAGAGGUUUAUUGUGUGCAGGUUUACAGGUUCACUAAUGGGAAUUCUUCAAUACAAAUUCCAUAAAGAGACGCCCGGUGACUGUCCUCUAAGCCCUGCCCCCAUUUAGUUACUGUUGCUACACAUGUUGAUCUUUGUGUUCUAGAAUGUUACAGUCACAGUUUCCCAUGGUAACGGUUCAGAUUCACCAUCAACAUUCACAGUAAUUUGAUUCUUUGAUUUCAGACAGAAGCAGUUUUAUUUUAGCCAACCAUCAGUUUUUACUGAAAUAACAACUAGAACUAAAACAGUUUGAUUAAUCAAUCAGAUGAUUGGCAGAAGAUUAAUUAUUUAUUUUGAUGGUCAAUGAAUAAACUAAUAAUCUAAGUAUUUUUUUUAGCAAACACAUAUGGAGGGCUAAUUGGGAAAAUAAAGCAGAUUAAUUGAUAAUAUAAUAGUUAAUAGCUGUAGCCCAAAUGAGUUGCCAUUAACAAAUGUUUUAGCAGCUAGCUAGCUAACUAAAUGAAAUAUGUGAGCUGGUUUAAAACCUGCAAAUGCAUCUGAAAUAUGCAUUUCAGUGCUACAUACAUGAAAAAAACAGAAGCUAAAGCUAAUAGGUCCCAGGCCCCAUAAAUCAUCAUCACCAGCUGAUGAGCGAUGGAAACAGGACUGAAACAACAUCGCUAACAUUUAUGAACAUUGACCUAAACUAGUAUCAUCAGGGCACAGUGCUCAGUGGAUUUAACCUGUAACCCCACAAAAUAUUGUAGUUAGCUCAAUGAAAUGCUAACACUUGAAAGUAAUGCUGAUCUCAACUAAAACACGAUAAAAAAUAGGUUUUAAUCCCCUUUCUCUUUGUAUUUGUCUUUACAUCAGAAGUUAAGGACUUUGUUUCAGGUGAAAAAUACAAAAUAUUUUGAUGUAUAAAUCCCUUCAUUGUUUUAAGGGAUUUAUGACAUUGAUUAAAGAGAUUUCUGUGUGAAUGUGAGUUUAUUUUGAGGAAGAUCUUCCUUCAUCUUCACUGAUUCUUCAUCUUAAAACCACUUAAAAAAAAAGUGUUGAGAUGUGAAACUGUACCAGACUCUGUAUCUGACCUCUGACCUGUGUCGCCAUUAAACCUGCUGUAACCUGGACUACACCUGCUUACCCGUGAGUGUGUUUGCACCUGUCCUCACCAUGUUUUACCCUGAGGAGUGUCAGACUGAUGGAAAUCAGCUCGUGUGUUUAUAUGUGUGUUCACAUGCUUCUUAUCUUCCCUUUAAUUUCCUGUGACGGCUCGUUUCUUCGUCACAGAAAAUGUCGACAGGACGAACAGAAGCUCCGUCAGAUGGAAAAGUAAACAGGAAGUGGAUGAAAAGCUCACACAGACUCAGUUUUUCUUUCAUAAGGAAUCAUUUCAUAGUGACCACAAAUACUGAUAUUGUUCGCAUUAGCUCUGGUAGGACUGCAAUAGAAACCUUGUUACA